CUCCUCGUCAGAGUCUUUCUUCUCAUUUCCCUUUCAGGAGCCUAUUUUCUAGGAAAUCCAAAGAGCCAAAGGCACCGACCCAUAAUGCAACAGGAUGGCGACUGUUCGGCAAGACAGGAGCCAGAGAGGCUGACCCAACUAAAGACCCGAACCCCUCAGUGUCCAAUCAGCAGUGUCCACAGGAGGAGGAGGAAGAGGAGCAAGAGGAGGAGAUGAAGGACUCAGGUGUGUCCCCCGGUCCAGAGCGCCCCCCAGCUGCAGGGAGGAGGAAGAACCUGGAGUUUGAGCCUCUCUCCACCACGGCUCUCAUCCUGGAGGAUCGACCAGCGAACCUUCCGGCCAAAUCUGAGGAGGAAACUCAGCGACACAAACUGGAAUAUGAAGAGAUGGUGGCAGGAGCCAAGAGGAGAG